CCCCCGGGACCCCGGGAUGGGGGGACCUUGGGAACGGGGAGAACCCUCUGGAUCGGGGCUCUGUGGGACUGCGGGGGGAUGUCCCUUGCAUCGCGGGCAUUCCCGGGAUCGUGGCUGUGUGGGAUGAAUGUGGGGAUCCCUGGGGUCGGAGUUGUGCGGGAUCGGGACUGUGCGGAACUCGGGGUUGGAGGAGGGUGAGGUCGGUGGAGGAUCCCACGGAACCGGGGCAUUCCUUGGGCUCGGACUGAGUGGGCGAGAAAUGGGGGGGACCCCCUCGGGUCUGGGUUUGUGCAGGAUCGGGGGAAUCGCUAGGAUUGGGCUGAGCGGAAUGGGAGUGGGGGUAAUGUCCUCGGGAUCGAAGCGGUGCGGGGUCAGGAGGGCAUCCACUGGCACUGGGGGGAUUCUGGGGAUCGCGGCCGUGUGGGAUUGGGGAGCCACCCUCGAGCCCUGGGGUUGGGUGGGAUACCCGGGGUCGGGGCCAGGUGGGAUCGAGGGGAGGGAUCCCGCGGGUGCCGGGGUUCAUCCGCUGCCCCGGGCCCCGUGCGGCGGGAUCCCGAGCUCGGUGCCGCAGGGGAUGCGCGGGGUGCUGCGGCUGGUGCGGUUCCGAGGGGCCGCGGGCGGGGGGCCCCGGCUCGGGCUGGAGGAGGCGCCCGGGGGCGACCUGGUGGAUCUGAGCGCGGCGGAGCCGGAGCUGCCCCGAUCGAUGCGGGAGUUCCUGGAGAUCGGCCCCCGAGGGCUGGCGCUCGCCCGGAGAGCACUGGAGUCAGGGCAGCACCGGGUGCCCCGGGCGACUGCGCGGCUGCUGGCACCUGUGGGGGACCCCGAGAAGGUGAUCUGUGUGGGGCUCAACUACCACGACCACUGCCAGGAGCAAGCUGUGAAGGUCCCCAAGGAGCCCAUCAUCUUCAGCAAGUUCCCCAGUGCCAUCACCGGGCCCUUUGAUGACAUUGUGCACCCCCAGGAUACCAGCGAGCUGGACUGGGAGGUGGAGCUGGCUGCCGUCAUCGGGAAGAGGGGGCGGCACAUUGAGGAGGCGGCGGCGCUGGAGCACGUGCUGGGCUUCACGGUGGCCAACGACGUGAGCGCCCGGGACUGGCAGAAGCGCAAUGGGCGGCAGUGGCUGCUGAGCAAAACCUUCGACACCUUCUGUCCCCUGGGGCCGGCCAUUGUCACCAGGGAGGCAGUGGCAGACGUCCACAACCUGUGGAUCCGCUGCAGUGUCAAUGGGCACCGGAUGCAGGACAGCAACACCAGCCACCUCAUCUUUAGGGUGCCCGCCCUUGUCGCUUGGGUGUCCCGGUUUGUGACACUGGUCCCUGGGGACAUCCUGCUGACAGGGACUCCUGCGGGAGUGGGCGUCUUUCGGAAACCGCCAGUUUUCCUUAAGCGCGGUGAUGAGGUGCAGUGUGAAAUUGAAGAGCUGGGCACCAUCUGCAACCGGGUGGUCUGACAGUGGAGAUAUGCCCCAGAUCCCACCUCCCCCUCACAGGGCCAAUAAAUCCACGAGCCGUUGGGUCA